UAUUGGUGGUUCAUAUGGUCGAUCAAGCAUAUACUGUUACCCUUCUCUGCUGUUUCUUAUAAUCUAAUGUAAGUAACAAUAUGCUUCAUUUCUAUUUUUUCAAUAAAGUGUACGCACACACCAUCUUAAAACAUGAUCUUUUUGUGUUUGGGUGAAAUGUGAAUACCGGAGUUCUUUUAAGGAGUCCGGCAACCCUAUUAUGUAAUCUAUUAUUUAUCACACUAAAGUUGCCUGAUGUCUUGUGUGAUAUUAAACCAAGACGAAUCCUUGUUCAGUAUAAACUUGUUAGUAGCAAAUCAUGAAAAAUAAAAAACAUAAAGAAAGAGAGACAGAGAGAGAGAGAGAGAGAGGCAGGGACAACAUAGGACUGUAAUAUAUAUAUAUAUAACCCAUGUUAUGGAUCAUCUGCAUAAAAUGUAUACAGUAAUACUCUCCGGCGGGCCUUAUAACUUUCCCCCUCCCUCACUCCCCCCUUUUCUUUCUUUCUUUUUUUGUAUGAUGUUGGCAACAACCACACUAGAGGCUUCUGUUACUAUACCUUGUUUAAAGAAACAACUGAAGGUCCAUAUUACACAAGGUCAAAACAUAAAAGAUAUUGUUUACCAUCUUGUUCAAACACACGCUAUUCCACCUUAUUUAACCAACUCCAUCUAUUCUAAUCUACUUGUUCUGAUGAAACAAGCCUGUGAGCAAACACUUGCUUAUCAACAUAUACAUCAAAAGCAAGAUAAACAAACAUUACGUCAAUUAUUUCUAGACGCGUAUCAAUCCAACACCCUUCAAUAUAACAAUAAACCUGAAGAAGACAUUUUCCCUCGAGCCUAUCAUACCUUGGUCCAUUGUCCUAUUGCUGCUAUCUUCGACACAUUGCUUGAACUAGAAAAUAAUUAUGCAAUGGCUGUUCAGGAACUACAUAUGGCGCGUGAAGAUGAAUUAGCCAUGAUUCAAACAAGAAUCCAUAGACAAGCACAAGAAAUAGAAUCCCCUAGUUCAGGCACAGCCUCACCACGUCAUAGUAUGGCCAGUGUCAACAGUAACAUGACAAGCAUCUUUACUCGCCAAGUAGAAGAAAUCGAAGUGUUUCAGGCCACAUGGCAAUCAGACAUGCUUCAAACCCGACAAACACAGCGUCAGGAAUACCGAGAAUUCGUGAUCGAGCUCUACCGUGAAUACCAAGCUCGACUUGCUUCUUUAUCAGACGAACAACACUUGAGACCUGAAGAUACGUUGGCCAUUGCAGAAAAAAAGAUCGAUGGAAAGGACAUGGUGGCUGCAGCAGCAGGGCGUGUCAAACAAUGGGACACGCAGAGCAAGACAGCUUCUUUGCGCAGUGAAUCCACAGGCUCUAAAAAAUCAGAUCAAGCGCCUUCUGUGAAUGAAGAGGUUAUCAAAAGUAUCCAGGAAAUGGGGUUUGAAAGAGACCAGGCAGAGACAGCACUGGUCUUGUCAAACCAGAAUUUAGAGGCAGCCAUCGGUCUGUUGUUGGAAAACCCUGCCAAAGUCGAUGCACAUCUGAACGAACAGAAAUCACAGCGACCCACAAGUUCAACACUUUACCGUCGAUCCCAGUCCUUGAGCCAAGUACCUCGUCCUCCACUGGCUUCGCCACAACCAAGCAAAACAAGUAGUUCGCGUCAUGAACCUCGUCGUCAUUCAUUGCAGCGAUUGGGUGCUUCGACACCUACUUUUCUCAACAUGAUGGGACCCAACCAUACAAAAUCCAACAGUAGUCCUAAUCUUAUGAUACCAUCUCAACCCCAGCCUUCAGCUUCUUCUUUAGGAAAGAGUUGGAUGAAUUCAUUUUUGCAUCAACAAAAGCAAGCCAUGGAAAACACAAACCUGAGUUCAGUCAGAAAACUCGGUGGUUGGCUUGGUAAAGCCAUGGAAAACUUGGGUAUUGAUGAACAACGAUCCCUGUUGAACAAGCAGCAACAACAACACCAGCAUUACAAUGUGCCUCAACUGGUUGAAUCAUUCACUAUCAUGAUGGGCUCAACGCAGAUCAAAUCUUCACAUAACCUGAGAUUGUUAGUCACAGACGAGGCCACAGAAAUCUUUCAUCCCUUUUAUGAUCCACCUCGAGAAAUGGCUUAUAGAGCAGAGACUUCUACCAAGUUAUACACAAGUCACCUUAGUGCUGUCAUUGUGCUUGUGGAACUGUCUGAACUCAUGCGUCCUCAACAACAAGGAUGGAGGCAGUACAAGACGGGUAAGGGAAGUAACAAGGCUCUGUUUGAACGGUGUCAGCAAUCAACCGAGUUUCAUUUUGCUGAUAUUGAGACCCAAUUGAGUCUGAUUGAACAAGAUUUUGAAGAUCAUCCCAACAGUCUAGUGGAAGGAUCCUUCUUUGUCACGAAACAUGCCAACUUGCCAUCCACUCAAGUCGUAUUUCAUUUAGUCGUCGACAGUGCAGGUAAAAUCCAUUGUGAAAGGGCCUAGACUGAUCUGUCAAUCAUAGGAAUGACAGCCACAGAUAUCACAAAUCGACAUCCAGUCAUUCUUGGUUUACGCCAUAUUUUGAAAAUGACAUGUCAAUUUGAUAUUUCAUCCCUCUCUAUUCCCUUGUUAUUACUACCUGAUCGUUUUAUGGAUCAAACAGACCAUUACGCACCAGACCAUAUGUUAUGGCUUCAAAAAAGAGGCGAAGUUGUCAUGAAAUGUAUCAAGGGAUUCUUGAUUGAGAAUUCACGUAGUGGUAAACGAGUCCAAAGUGAAGG